AUGGCAGACCUCACCGAGCUCCUCGACCAGCUCCAGGCCGCCAUCGUCCCGCCGACCACCGCCGCCGCCUCGCUCCCCGACCCUGCCGACCUCGCGUUCGAGCGCACCCUCUCGCGCAGGCUCGCAAAGGGCCUCGACCAAGAAGCCCUCCGCAUCCUCAACCUCGCCUCGGCCGUCCUCGACUGGGCCGCACCGCCGCCAGCACAAGCCCCGCCCCGUACCGAGCUCGACCCGGACCUCAUCCGCGAGGGCAUCUACAACAACGUCGUCGAGCGCGUCGAGCCCCUCCUCGAGCACGCCGACGACGGCAUCGAGAAGCACCUCGGCAUCGGCAAGCACCGCAAUGCCCACAACGGCCCGCUCGGCGCCAAAUCGCCCGCCGAGAUGGACGAGCGCACCCGCCAAAAGGCCAAGCACGAGCGUCUCCCCGCCCGCCUCCUCCACGACGCGUCGAUCGACAAGCCCCAGAAGCGCUUUUCACUCCGCACCCGCGUCGCCAUCCCGGCCCUCGACGACGACGGCCGCGCCGUCCCGCUGUGGAAGCCCGCCCUCCGUCGCAAGGUCAACGCCCUCGACGCCGACGACGACGCGUCGUGGCUCGCCACCGAGCUGUACGAGCCCACGAGCCACCUCACCGUGACGACCGCCACCGUCCCGCCGCCGUACACCCGCUACGCGCACCCGUACGCGCGCGAGCUUGCCGCCCUCGUCGCGCCGCCGCACUUCCUCGCCGCGCCGACCAAGCCCGAGCCGCACGCGCCCAACAGCUUCGACAAGGUCCCGUUCGAGUGGGUCGGCGACGCCAAGGCGCUCGAGCGCCUCGUCGACGACAUCCGCGCGGCCGGCGCCGACGGCCACAAGGAGCUCGCGAUCGACCUCGAGCACCACGACUUUCGCGCUUGGGCGGGCACGACGUGUUUGAUCCAGCUCAGCACCCGCUCGAAGGACUACGUGAUCGACGCGCUCGAGCCGACCGUGCGCGAUAACCUCGACUGCCUCAACGAGUUCUUCACCGACCCCGAGUGGAUCAAGGUCCUGCACGGCGCCAGCUCCGACAUCGUGUGGCUCCAGCGCGACUUUGGCCUGUACAUCGUCGGCCUGUUCGACACGUACCACGCCACCAAGGUCCUCGGCUACUCGCAGCACAGCCUCGCGUCGUUGCUCGCCAUGUACACCGACUUUGAGCCCGACAAGCGGUACCAGCUCGCCGACUGGCGCAUCCGCCCGUUGCCCAAGGAGAUGCUGCACUACGCCCGGUCCGACACGCACUUCCUCCUGUCGAUCUACGACCACCUGCGCCUCGCCCUGCACGACAAGGCGGCGUCCUCGUCGUCCUCGACCGCCGACGAGCCCUCGCCGCUCCAGGACGUGUUCGACCGCUCGCGCACGACGUCGUCGAUCGUCUUUUCGCUCCCGCCGUUCGACGCCGACACGGGCCACUUUGACUCUGGGUUCCUCGUCCCGCUGUCGAAGCAGCCCGGCGCGCUCAAGGCCUACGCGACCGCGCUCGCCGUCCCGACCCUCCCGAUCAAGACGGGCUGGGGCCCCGCCGAGCUCAAGCUCGAGUGCCUGCGCGCCGUCGUGCGCUGGCGCGAGCAGACGGCGCGCGACGAGGACGAGAGCGCGCGGUACGUCCUCGGCGUCCAGGGCGCGCUCCAGCUCGCCGAGCUCGGCGCCGUGGGCCGCAUCCGCGACGCGAGGGACGUCAUGCAGGCGCUCGGCGCCGCGAGGGGCGGCGUGAGCGACGUCGUGCGCAGGAGAAAGGACGAGCUCGCGGCUGUCGUUGCCGAGACGGUCGAGCGCGUCGCGCCCGCUCUCGCGGCGCAGCAGGCGGCAGGCGGCGCCGAGGGCGACGUCGAGAUGCUCGCUGCCGCGACGGGCGCGAGCGUCGAGCUCGGCCUGCCUGCCGAGGAGCCGGCCGUCCGGCCCGCGCAGGGCAUCUGGGGCGACGCGACUACGGCGGCGCCGGUCGCGUCGACGAGCGCGCCCGUCUCGGUGUCGCUCGCCACGCGGUCGUCGUUCUUCGGCGGCGCGAGCCCGGCGGCGGCAGCGACGGCGUCGACGAGCGCGAGCGGCGGGAUCCUUGCCGCGUCGAGCACGUUCUUUGGCGGUGGAGGAGCGGACAAGGGCGCCGGGGCGGACGCCAAGAAGGGCAAGGGCAGGGCGAGCGCGCACGAGGAGGCGCAGGCGGCGGUCAGGAGGGUGCACGAGGCGCUCACGCUCGGCGGCGGGCUCGGACAGACGCUCCAGCCGAAGCUCCCUGUCGCCAAGGUCGACACGUCAGCAGCGCUCCCCUCGAACGAGGUCCCCCUCGACUCGAGCACCCUCCCUCCCACGACCGAUGACUCGGCGGCCGUCCCGACCGCCCUCUCGGCCGACCACGCCUACGUCCCGCUGUCGGGCCGCAUCCCGAAGCAGCCCUCGGCCGCCUCGUCGACGCUUGCCGACGCGCCCGCGCCCAAGCACGCCGCGCCCAAGCCCAAGGACAGCGACGUCAUCGUCGUCUCUGCGCUCGCCGACAAGCCCAAGAAGCGCAGGGCGCGCCCGGCGUCCGAGGUCGUGCCCGAGACGGCCGGCGAGGGCGACGAGCCGUUGAGCCCGAGGGCCCGCCCGCCGGCGGCCAAGAAGGCCAAGAAGGCCGCCGGCACCUCGUCGUCGUCGGCGUCGUCGUCGCGCGCAGCAGCAGGCAGCAUUACGCCGCACGACUACACGGCGCAGCGCUCGGUCCUCGACGCCGAGCCGGUCGGCAAGACGGGCGCCGAGCGUCGCGCGCAGGAAAAGUCGGCGCGCAAGAAGGAGGCGCGCGCCGAGAAGCUGCGCGAGGGGAUCGACAAGGGCAAAGGGACCAAGGGGAUCGACACGAGCGAGUUUGGGAGGGCGCCGAGGGUCAACAACGCGCCCAAGAAGGGGAACGCGACGGCGCACUUUGCGUCGUAGAUCGCUCGUCUCGCCCUUGCAUUGUCACCGCGUCGCGCUCUCGUA